GAUAUGGCUAACGUAACCAAGUGAUAUAUGUUGCAUGGCUCGAUAUGGGUCCGUAAAUUGCUAUUGUAUUUUGUGCAUGACAUUUAGAUAGAUAAUAAGCCUUCUCGGAUAGCCAACGUGGAGUCAUAUCCACCCUUGUUAAACGCAUCAGGAUGCGUCUGUAGGCGAAGAAGAAGUUGCCAUGCUAUGCUUUGAUGGUCCCGAUUUGGACUCGCAAGGUAGCCAUCCGACCGAGUUCCAAGCCCGUCGUCACCUUCUUCUCCUCGGAUCCCAACCCUUCGGCUCGCCCUCUUCCAACAUCCAUUGUCGUCAGAUCCCUCUCCGCUGAACCACUUGCCUCCUCUCAUGGCUUCGGAAUGCCCCGUGAACGAUCGCCCGUCAAGACCGCCCGCUACCUGCUCGAGGAAAUGCCCGUACCCGACUUCCGAACAUGCAACCAGAGGAUCAGGGCCCAUACGUCGGGCCGCGAUUACCAGGCAUCGCUCUCCGUGUUCGUGCGAAUGCUUGGCGCCCGGCUCAGGCCCGAUGGCUUUGCGCUCGCCGCCGUCGUCAAGUCCGCGGCGGCGCUUCGUGUCGCUGGACACGCACGGGCCGUCCAUGGGUUUGCUGUGAAGGCGGGAUUCGCGGGGAUCGUGGCGGUCCAGAAGGCGAUGAUCGACAUGUAUGCCGGAUUUGGAGCGCUGCGUGAUGCUUGCCAGGUUUUCGAGGAGGUGGGUCAGCGAGAUUCGGUCACUUGGAACGUGCUGUUGACGGGAUAUGCUCGUGCGGGGCUUUCCGAGGACGCGAUGCGUUUGUUCCACUCCAUGCAUGGGUGUGGUGUCGAGGGUGUCAAGCCUACUGCGGUGACUAUUGCUGUGAUCCUUCCGGUUAUCGCCAAGCUAAACGUUCUGAAGACAGGGCAAGGUGUCCAUGCUUACGUGAUCAAGAUUGGAUUAGACACUGAUACUUUGGUGGGAAAUGCACUUGUGUCGAUGUACGCAAAAUGCGGUAGCAUCAUCGAUGAUGCUCACAAAGUGUUCUCGCUCAUAUCUUCGAAGGACACGGUAUCAUGGAAUUCCUUGAUUGGAGGGUACUCUCAGUGUGGGUUAUUUGCUGAGGCAUUCCGACUGUUCUCUCGGAUGGUGUCGAUGAAUUUCUUGCCGAAUGAUACAACACUUGUGACUGUUCUUCCUAUCUGUGCAUUCACGGAAGGUGGCUGGCAUCGUGGAAAUGAAUUCCACUGUUACAUUCUGCGGCAUGGUUUAGAUGUGCAACUUUCUAUUUGUAAUUCACUUCUGACGCAUUAUUCAAAGGUUGGAGACAUGAAGAGAGCUGAAUAUAUCUUCGGUAGAUUGGAUUCAUGGGACCUCGUGACAUGGAACACCAUGAUUGCUGGAUAUGCCAUCAACGGGUGGACCUCAAAGGCAUUAGAUUUACUUCAGCAGUUGCUGAUCGGUAGCACAAAACCUGACUCAGUUACUUUCCUAAGCAUUCUUCCUGUAUGUGCUCAACUGUAUGAUGUAGAAGGGGGAAGGAAGAUCCAUGGUUAUGUUAUUCGGCAGAAUCUACUGUGCCAGGAAACAUCUUUAGGGAAUGCUAUCGUUGAUUUCUAUGGAAGGUGCGGUGACAUAGUGGAUGCACUACAAACUUUUAGGGGUAUUAAUAAGAAAGAUAUAAUAUCAUGGAACACAAUGCUUUCAGCUUGUAUCAAUAAUGAACAGUUGGAGAAGUUUGCUGACCUCCUGACUCAAAUGAUUUGCGAAGGGAUACAACCUGACUCUAUAACAAUUUUGAGUGUUCUUCGGGCAAGCACUACAUAUGGCAUAAGAAAGGUCAGAGAAGCUCAUGCUUAUUCCUUUCGUGCUGGUUUCGUGAGUCAUAUUACUGUUGGAAAUGCGAUACUUGAUGCAUAUGCAAAGUGUGGGAGCACUGAGGGUGCACAUAGAACCUUCUUGAACUUGACAGGAAGGAAUGUCAUCACAGGCAAUACAAUGAUCUCAGGCUAUCUGAAGCAUGGUCGUUCAGAGGAUGCAGAGAUGGUCUUUGGUCAGAUGUGUGAAAAGGAUCUCACAACUUGGAAUCUCAUGGUGCAAGCUUAUGCUCAGAACGAUUGCAGUGAUCUUGCAUUUACUCUGUUUCAUCAGUUGCAGAGUGAGGGCAUGAGACCUGACGCUCUGAGCAUCAUGAGCAUUCUUCCAGCUUGUGCACGUCUGGCUUCUCCUUGUCUGGUAAGGCAGUGUCAUGGCUAUGUGAUCCGUACUUCUCUAUACGACAUUCACCUCGAAGGUGCUCUCUUAGAUUCAUACUCGAAAUGUGGAAGCUUAGAUGAUGCAUACAAACUCUUUCAGGCAAGCCCCAAGAAGGACUUGGUAACCUUUACUGCUAUGCUUGGUGGCUAUGCAAUGCAUGGAUUGGCAGAAGAGGCAAUCAGAGUCUUCUCUGAUAUGCUUGAAGCCCAUGUAAAACCAGAUCAUGUUAUCAUGACUGCUGUUCUGUCAGCUUGCAGUCAUGCAGGGUUAAUUGAUGUUGGGUGGAGGCUUUUCAAGUCCACAAUUGAGAUUCAUGGUAUUAGACCUACAAUGGAGCACUAUGCCUGUAUGGUGGAUCUUCUUGCUCGAAGAGGACAACUGAUAGAAGCUUAUGAGUUUAUAUUGGACAUGCCCUGUGAGGCUAAUGCCAAUGUGUGGGGUACGCUGCUGGGAGCAUGUAAAAUCCACAAGGAGGUGGAAAUUGGGCGGAUGGUGGCAGAUCAGUUAUUUGAUGCUGAGGCUGAAAACAUUGGAAACUAUGUGGUGAUGUCAAAUAUAUAUGCUGCAGAUGGGAGGUGGGAAGGUGUUGAGCAGGUCAGGAGACUGAUGAAGACCAGAGACCUCAAGAAGCCAGCAGGAUGCAGCUGGCUUGAGGUUUCAAUGAAGAGGCAUAUAUUUGUGGCUGGUGAUCUAUCUCAUCCACAAAGAACCUUAAUUUACAGUACACUGAGGACUUUGGAUCAGCUGAUGAAAGAGCCAAUGGAAAGGAUUUGCAUUCGAGCAAACUGACAAUGAAGAGAUAUGGACUUGUGGCUGGUGAUCUAUCUCAUCGAAAAAGAACCUUCAUUUACAAUACACGGAGGACUUUGGAUCAGCUGAUGAAAGAGCCAAUGGAAAGGAUUUGCAUUUGAACAAACUGACAGAUUUCCCUGCUCUUGAUCAUCUAAUAUCUUCGCUAUAUCUCCCACAAUUUAUAUAUUACUCAGGCCUCCAGAGCAACAUACACAAGAACAAAGUAAACAUAUAGUAGUCGGUGAUGCCGCAACUACACGGAUGUUGCCUGAAAAAAGCGUUAGCUGAUUAUAAAUGAAAUCAGUUAUAAUGAUAAUCUGAGAACUUUUAGUUGAAGUUUUCUCCUUGGUGGAAACAAAAUGUUGAUCAUAAAGCUGGCAUUCUAUUGGAUUAGCUGCUUCUAGUUCUAAUAACAAGUGCUGUUUAAUAUCUGUGGCAGCAGAGAAAAGAGUUUUUGAUUAAGAUCAACUCAGUGUCAUUUGAGAUUCCUCAAGAACAGUAGUGCAAGAUCUUGGUGCAUCAAACAUUCAAUGUUUGGUGGUAUCAGUGUAGGAGUAAUCUAAAAUUUGAUGUAGUGGAGGAAAAGAAUAUUUACUGAAUUGGGUUUGUGAUUAUGGUGAGUCAGACAGAAAUAAUGAUGUGUUGGAACCUGUAAGAUCUUACAACACAAGGUUAUUUUAUCAGAUAAACAUUCAGGUGGCAGUAAAAAUCUUCAGGUUGCAAAGAAGCACCCUUAUAGACACAGAAUUAAGGAGUUAAAAUUGACAGUCCAAUGCAAGCAGACAAGCCUAGAAGAAUCAGAACUUUUAUGGAAUUUAAUUAGGAGAACAUUCACAAGAACUCAGAAGAACAGUUGUCUGUAAUUGAUUCAUCCACUCACACCAACAAGCAAACUCACUACUGAGAGCACAAGGAGAGGUGGGAUAUAUUAUGAUAGGCACUAAAUUGUUGUUACAGCAUGAGAGCCUCCUUAUCAUGCUUGAAUGAUUAUCAUCAGGCCACUGCCAACCCAGCAAGGCAUGGUCUCCUCUCCGAACCACUGUUCUCAGCCAUCAUUUCUAUUGCGAUCUUCCUUUUGGUGCCUGUUUUGGGUGAUAACGCUGUCGGUCGAACAUAAUCCCUCAGUCUCAGCACAUCAUUUGUUUGAAGAGGUUUAAGAAGAUAAUCCUCAGCGCCAAUAGCUCGACACCUACAAUGAAACAAAUGGGCGAUCAAUUGGUGUUGCUGGCAUUAGUCGAGGAAGAAACAUCAAAAUCUUCAGUUUAGCUUAAAGCAAGGACCAGAAGGACAAUUCAACAGGAAAAGCAGUUUCCAGAAGUCAUGGAGAUGGUGGAUAGGAAAAGCAUAUGAUAAGUUGUUGACUAUGUUGUUUGAUGCCAGUUCAGAUGGGUGGAUAGGAAAAGCAUAUGAUAUGUCGAUGGACAAUGAUAAAAGGUAAAAUGAUAAGUUUACUCUGAUAAUUUUCUAGCUAAAAACUUUUUGACUGCAGUGAUUUCUUUUGCAUAUCAACCACACAAUUGGAUCUACAUAUCCACAAUCAUUUCAUAGCUUGCUUUAAGUUUGGGGAACAUCAAUGUCAUUGAAGAAAAGGAACUAUUCAACAAAAGUUAACCAAUAUCUAGUUGGCAAAUCAUAAAAGCAAAACUUGAAUCAAGUUUUUCUGUCCAUCCAGUGUACCUCUCAAUCCACAACUCUAUCCUACUUUAGAAGGAAAAAUCAUUCUAUCCUAGAUUAUAUAUAUAUCCUGAUAGAUAACACAUGGCAUGCCUAGAAAGUCAAUUGGUUUCCUUAGGACCAAGAAAGGCUUCAAAGUGACCAAUGUAAUAGAAACUUGCUUGUCUGUGAUUAUAAUGGUUCAUUAAAUUAUGGGGAUCUAAGAUCAAUGCGUACAUAGAAAGCUAGUUUCUACUUUCUCAUUCUUGGAUUAACUUGACUUGCUUUGUAGUUGUUAUAGUGACAGAAAGAAGAAGAAUUAGGCCAAAUCUUUUCAGAUAACAGAUAUUUGAUAAUGAGCUGUGGUUAGGUAUCUGUAUAAAAUGUUUGCUUGGCUACCGAGUUUUGUAUCUAGAUUUGUUCAUAUUUGUGCUAAAAACAGAUUGUUUGAUAUGAU